AUGGAGGAUAUAGGAUUGGUUAAGCAAGGUUUGAUAUGGUUGGAGUCUCAGAAACAUUUGUGCUCAUGGGUUUGUGCUGCAACUCGGUGUUUUGGGGAAAGGACAGAAGCUUUGGCAGAGCGUCAUUGGCCACUAGUGUGCCGUGGAUGUGGGAAGCUUUUAGGGUUGCUUAGUUUAUCGUUUGUUUACUGGAAAGACUGCAUUUUGAGGGGUUUCCAGUCCAGUGCUAGAUUUGGUUCAGCUGCUUUGCUUCUGAUAAUGUGGAGUUGCUUCCUUAGCCUGACUUCGCUAUCUUGCUUGGUUUAUGUUCUGCUUGGUAUGGCAGCUGCUGGUGCUGUUGUCUUGUACUUGGGUCGCACUCCUGGGAUCUUCAUUGUUGGACUAUUUGGAAUUUUGAUUUUGUGGAUGUACGCUAAUUUUUGGAUCACCGGAACAUUAUUUAUAGUUGGAGGUUAUUUGUUCUCCUUGAAUCACGCGCGGGUGGUGGUUCUUAUGGCGACGAUGUAUGCAAUGUACUGUGUCAAAGUCAGACUUGGAUGGCCUGGAGUUAUUCUCUCGAUGAAUCUUGCAUUCUUGUCCAACGAUAUAUUUAUUCGUCUUCUUCAAUGGUGUGAUAGUGUUAGUGAAAAACCACAAGCGGAGGAACCAAAGAAACCUGAAACUGUAAUAGAUGAUGAGUUUCCAGGAGAGUUUGAGUAUUCUUCUGUUCCUGUUGAAGAACCUGAGAAAAAGGUUCAUGAAGAUAAGUCGUCCACUAAGCCAGCAUCACCGUCAACUGUUGUUAGUAACAUGAAGGAGAUUUCUAGUGUUAAGGUAGUUAAAAUAGAAACGGAUUCAGCUGAUGAGAUGAAAAGAAUACUUCAUAGUUUAAAUCACUAUGAAGCAUUGGGAAUCCCUCGGUAUAAAAAGAUUGAUGACGCACUGCUUAAGAAAGAGUAUAGAAAGAAGGCAAUGCUGGUUCAUCCGGAUAAGAAUAUGGGAAGUCCUUUGGCAAGUGACUCAUUCAAGAAACUUCAAAGUGCUUAUGAGGUUCUUUCUGAUUCUGUUAAAAGGAGAGAUUACGAUGAGCAGUUAAAGAAAGAAGAAUUUAGGACCAGGAGUGUCUGUCAGACCUCGCACGCUUCUUCACAUCAGAAUGUUCCCGGUUAUCGAUCCGAAGAGUCAAGGCGCAUACACUGUACGAAAUGCGGGAAUUCACACAUUUGGAUAUGUACAAACAGGAGUAAGGCAAAGGCCAGAUGGUGUCAGGAAUGUGGUCAAUAUCAUCAAGCCAAAGAUGGUGAUGGAUGGGUUGAACACAAAGGGACUCUCGUAUUCGAGAAAGCACAUAAGAUUGAAAUACCAAGAGCAUUUGUUUGUGCGGAGGGCAAAAUCUUUGAUGUCUCAGAAUGGGCUAUCUGCCAGGGAAUGGCGUGUAGACCAAACACACAUAGACCAAGUUUCCAUGUGAACAUGGUUGGUUUAGAAAAGGCAACCCAGAGAUCAAACUCGAGCAGGUUCCCUUGGGAUCUAGAUGUGGAGAUGAUGGAUGAGGAUGAGGAAGAGUUUGAGUUAUGGCUUCAACAAGCUCUAGCUUCUGGUCUCUUCUGUGAGACAUCAAAACGCAGAAAAAGCUGGAGUCCUUUCAAGUUAACCAAGAAACAAUCACGACGAACAUCGACUUGACAAAAGAACAACAACACGAUUAACAACAAUGGCAAGAUCAACAGCAAGAGCUUUCAUCGCUUGUUCUUUUCGACAACACGGAAAAUGAGCGAAGAUAUGAAGAAGGAAUAGCCUGAAAAGGAAACAACUUUAAAGGUGCCAAUGAAGAAGAAGAAAGGGACAUGGAAAAGCAUGAAAACAAAUCGUUGGAUGAAUCAUUUUUGGAUCCCUUCUCUGUAAAUAGAAUCUGUGCAUCUCUAUCUUAUGUACUGUGAUGUUAUGGUUUCUUUUGUUUACUCUGAGAAAUCGAAAACUAUUGUAACGAGUAAGUUUAUUACAAUUCAAUAUCUGAAGAAACGUUUUAGUUA